AUGAAAUAAUUAUUAUCGUAUUUGCUUACCUUGCUAAUGUUUUAUUGCCUAAAAUGUGAAUCCUAAUUAAAUUACAAGUUAAACAAAGGCUCAAAACGAAAAUUAGAAGAGAGUAAACCAAAUAUAACUUCUCUAUCGUGGGAACCAUUAAGGAUUCAUUAUGAAUUUUUAAAUAGCAAUUUUGAUUCUAAAUCAGUGGCAUUUUUAUAAACUGUUUUAAAUAUAACUAGCACUUUCUUUUAAAAACAUUUAUUAAUACAAAGAACGAAUUCUAAAAUUACUUAUAAAGAUAGUUAUCCAAAUUCAAUUUUUGGAUUUCGUAUAAGUGAGGAAUUAUAAAAAAAAGAAUAUGAUGCAGAUUUGGUAUAAUUUAUAAUUUAUUAAAGGUCUUUUUUAUUAAUAUUGAGAGAUCAUUUUUUGAUCCUUAUUUAGCUUAUUGUGGUCCUGCAAUUUUUGAUGAAGAAACAUUACGACCAAUUUUUGGUUUGAUUUCUUGGAAUAUGUAUUAUACAUCAUUGGAUAAAAUGACUAAUUCAGUAUUUGAAAGCAAUGUUGAAAUAGCAGUUCAUGAAGUCAUCCAUGGAUUAGGAUUUAUAGAUGAUUAUUUCAUCAGUUUUUAUGAUUCAUUCACAGGAGAAAGUUAUAAUACUUCAAAUAGUUAUAUUCAAUCCGAUGUGACUUAUUUAUCGACUCCAAGAGUAACUAAUUUUGUGCAAUAUCAUUUUAAUUGCACUUCAUUAUUAGGAUUACAAAUGGAAAAUGAUGGGGGAUCAGGAACUAAAGGAUCUCAUCUUGAAAGGUCUCUCUUUUAUAAUGAAAUAAUGACAGGCUCAGAUAUGACAGAAAACUUUUUAAUUACAGAUUUUACAUUUGAAUUUUUGUAAGACACAGGGUAAAAAUAAUUAUUAUUAUAAAAGAUUCUAUCGAAUAGCCGAUUAUUCACCUGAUUAACCAUUAUGGGGGAAAAAUAAAGGAUGUGAAUUUGCAAAUAAAUAAUGUAAAGGAGGAAACUUUACUGAAUUCUGUGAUGUAGAUUAAUCAUAGAGUUGUUCCUUUUAUUAAACAGGUCUUUCCAAAUGUCUGAAAGAUUAAUUAUCAGGAUCUUGCUAUUAUUAAUAUUUUUAUUCUAACUAAGAUUGUAGGAAUCCUGAUAAUGUUGAACUUUAUAAAUCAUCAGGAAUAAUUUAACACUUUGGAUUUGAUAGUAUAUGUGUUUCUGGAUCUGUUUCAAAAGAAUCAACUUACUAAAGUAACUCUUGCAUAUAAUAUAAAUGUGAUCUAGAGAAUAAAUUAUCUCUAGUUAUCGAAGGAUAAGAAUUCGAUUGUUCAAAUGAUGAAAGUAUUAAACUUCCUGAAUCUUAUUAUGGAAAUAUAACUUGUCCUUCAAAUCCUAAAUUAUUUUGUUAAAAUAGAGAUGAAUGUCCUAAUCUUUGUAGUUAAAAAGGAUUUUGUUAGAAUAGAGAAGUAAUCCAUUAUUAAUAUAUAUUAUAGUGUAUUUGUAUGCUAGGAUACUCAUCAGAAGAUUGUAGCGUAGAAUGUACAAAAUAUAGAUACAAAGGUAGUUGCUUAGAGAAAUGUCCAGAUUCUACUUAUAUUUAUGAAAAUAUCAAGUAUUGUGUUGGAUGUCCAGCUGUACAAUUAUUUUUAAUAAACUUAGAAUUGUUUGACAUGUUCAAAUUAUAAUUAAUGUACAUCAUGUAAGCAAGGUUAUAUUUUGAGAGGGGCUUUUUGCGAUAAUUAUAAAUUGAUUGAGCUUCUUACAGUAGAUUAGGCAAAUUUGAAUACAACAUCUAAUAAUUCUACUAAUACUAGCAGCAAUUAAUCUAAUUCCACUAAUAUUGACGAUAUUAAUAGUGCAGAAACUAAUUCCACUAAUACAACAAACUCUGAAACAAGUUCAACUGAUCUCAGCAAUAAUAAUAGUACAAUCACAAACCCAACUAAUACAACAAACUCUGAAACAAGUUUCACUGAUAUAAAUAAUAAUACAAUCACAAAUUCUACUAAUUCAACAAGCACUGAAUCAAAUUCAAUUGAUUUAAACAUCAAUAAUAGUACAAACACAAAUUCUACUAAUUCAACAAACUCUGAAACAAAUUCAACUGAUAUAAAUAAUAAUAAUAUUGAAAUCAUAAAUUCUACUAAUAUGACAAACUCUGAAACAAAUUCAACUGAUUCAAAUAAUAAUAAUAUUGAAAUUACAAAUUCUACUAAUACAACAAACUCUGAAACAAAUUCAACUGAUUCAAAUAAUAAUAAUAGUAAAAGCACAAAUUGCACUUGUAAUACAGUAAACAAUGAAAUUAAUCCAAUUGACAUGAAAAAUAAUGAUGAUGCAAAAAAUUGCACUUGUAAUACAGAUAAAACUGAUAACAAAUCAACUUUAAAUGUUGCAAAUUAGGAAAACUUAAUAUAUCUCAUAAAUUUAAUUUUGCUAACAUGUUUUUGAAAUAAUUAUCACCGAA